AGAUGAGAGCCCUGAACAAUGGACAAAAAAAGGACGGGCUGCAAGGCAGGGAAUGGCCAUGGAUCGCGGCACCCACAGCUCACGUUUCGCCAUUGUCAGGCAACCGAUCGGCGAAUGAUUGGCACGGACGGACCCCGCCCACAGUUUGCAAUAAUGCUCCUGCGCUCCCGUAUUAAAAAGAUUCUGACAGCCGAAAGCUCGCGCGGCGGCGCUGUUGCUAGCUACUCGUACGAUCCAUCCGCGCCGUGUUCGUGGCCGCGGCGGCCACCCGCUUCACGUGGCCGGCCGUUGGAUCGGUUCGCCGCGGUUGGCCGGAGCGUUGAGCCGGUCGUCGCCGCGCGGGGUGGUUGGCCGGCCGCUGCGUCGUGGUCCGCACUCGCGUCGCGUCCGCUCCGGUUGGUACUUGCCGUAGAUUACGCCGUGAAAUUCGAUGCGUGCAGUCUAGCCGAGCGAGCGUGUGGUGGUGCUGCACUUGCAGGGAUCGAGCGAGCGAUGGGGAAGGCGGGGAGGUGGCUCAAGAGCUUCCUGUCCGGGAAGAAGGACAGGCCGCGCGCCGAGGCGAUGGCCGUGGCGGGGCCACCCAAGGACAAGCGCUGGAGCUUCAGGCGCCCGGGGCAGGAAGGGAAGGCCGCCGCGACGACCCCGGCGGCGGGGCGCGGCGGGCCGGACGAGGGGCUCGGUCUGUCGGCGACGGACAUCGAGUUCGAGCAGAAGAAGCACGCUGUGGCGGUCGCGGUGGCGACCGCGGCGGCCGCCGACGCCGCGGUGGCCGCGGCGCACGCGGCGGCGGCGGUGGCGCGCCUGUCCUCUCGCAGGGCGAGCCUGCCGGCGAGCCUCGUCGAGGACACGGCGGCGGUCAGGAUCCAGGCCACCUUCAGAGGCUAUCUGGCGAGGACGGCGCUGUGCGCGCUGAGGGGCAUCGUGAAGCUGCAAGCUCUGGUGCGGGGCCAGCUGGUGAGGAAGCAGGCGAACGCCACGCUCCGGUGCAUGCAGGCGCUGCUCGCGGCGCAGUCCCACCUGCGGCUGCGGGCGCAGCGCAUGCGCGUCCUCCAGGAGCACUGCCACCACCAGCCGCCGCCGCCGCCCAGGCCACGGCACUCGCCGCAGCACCCGAGGCACCGCCGGUCCUACGAGAUGGACAGGUCCUGCGAGGAGAACGCCAAGAUCGUGGAGGUUGACAUCGGCGAGCCGGCGCGGCGAGACGCGGCCAAGGACAGGCAUCUCCUCGUCGAGCACCACCACGGCCGGUGCUCGCCGGCGCCGUCGGCGGCGACGGAGCUGAGCCCGAGGGCGUACAGCGGCCACUUCGACGAGUUGUCGGUGGCGACGGCGCGGAGCAGCCCGCAGCGCGGGUCGGCGGCCUCCGAGGCGUGCCCGAGCUACAUGGCCAACACGGAGUCGUCCCGCGCCAAGGCGCGGUCCCAGAGCGCGCCCCGGCAGCGCACUGACGCGCUGGAGCGGCAGCCGAGCCGGAGGAAGGGGACCCCGCCGAGGGGCGCCAAGAUGCAGCGGUCCUCGUCGGUGGCCGGCGGCGGCGGCCAGUCGUCGCCGUGGUCGGCGGGCCUGAGGCUGGACGCGUCGACCGCGUCGCUCAAGGACAGCGAGUGCGGGUCCACCAGCUCCGUGCUCACCGCCGCCACCGUGUACUGCCGGACGCGGUCGCUCGUCGGCUUCGAGGUGCGACGUGGCCUGUACUGAGCUCUUGCCGUCGUCCAUGGUGCAUGCCUUGCCAUGGAUGGGUGGCUUCAGGUCUUCCAAUGAUCCAGGCUUCCUCCUCGGGAGCUCCAAGCAGACGCUUGUGAUCGGUUUGCAAUUACUCUCGUCAAUGUGCCGAGAGAGAGAUAAAGGACCGUGGCUGGUUCAGAACAGUACAUAGUCGCAUUACAAAAUGUAUAUUUUUGUGGUCCACUUUGUGAAGGUUUUUUUUUGCAAGGUACUGGGUGGUAUUAACGGAUACCACGGCACACAAUGUAAUAAGGUUUGAUCGCAAACCUCGUGGAAUAUACAGUAUUGUUUAGCUGUGAAAGAAGCAGGAGUUCAUUAGUGUUAA